AUGCUGUCUUUCUUAUUGCAGGCAAAACGAGCAGUACAGCGAGGAGCCACAGCGGUCAUCUUUGAUGUUUCUGAAAACCCAGAUGCCAUUGAUCAGCUGAACCAGGGCUCAGAGGACCCUCUGAAGAGACCAGUGGUGUAUGUGAAGGGUGCUGAUGCUGUCAAGCUAAUGAACAUAGUUAACAAGCAGAAAGUGGCACGAGCAAGGAUUCAGCAUCGCCCCCCACGGCAACCCACCGAGUACUUUGAUAUGGGAAUUUUCCUGGCCUUCUUUGUGGUUGUGUCUCUUGUCUGCCUCAUUCUUCUUGUCAAGAUCAAACUGAAACAGCGACGUAGUCAGAAUUCCAUGAACAGGCUUGCGGUGCAAGCACUGGAAAAAAUGGAGACCAGGAAGUUUAAGUCUAAAAGUAAGGGACACCGGGAAGGCAGCUGUGGAGCACUGGACACACUCAGUAGCAGCUCCACCUCUGAUUGUGCCAUCUGCUUGGAGAAGUACAUUGAUGGGGAGGAACUGCGUGUCAUUCCCUGCACUCACCGAUUUCACAAGAAAUGUGUGGAUCCUUGGCUACUGCAGCAUCAUACCUGCCCUCACUGCCGCCACAACAUCAUAGAACAGAAGAAGGGAAAUGCAGGUCCAGUCUGUCUGGAAUCCAUCACCCCAGCACGCAGCCGGCAGCAGAGGGUGAUUCUUCCAGUCCAUUACCCAGGCCGAGUGCACAGAGCAAACCAGAUAACAGCAUACCCCACUCGGACAAGCAUGGACCCUCACGGAAACCCUAUCACAGUACUUACAGUUGAGCGACAUGGUGAACAGAGCCUCUACCAAGGCCAGUCCCCAGCCUAUAUCCGAAAUUAUCAGCCUAUUCAUUUGGACCAUGCUUUAAACACACAUCACUGUAGCUUGGAACAUAGGGCUUACUCUCCUGCUCAUAGCUUCCGAAGACCCAAGUUUGGUGGACGCAACUUUUCCAAAGCAGCGUGCUUCUCCCAAUAUGAGACCAUGUAUCAGCACUACUACUUCCAAGGCCUUAGUUACCCUGAGCAAGAUGGACAGCCUCCAGCUGGCAUUGCCUCAAAGGGUCCUUCCCGUGCCUUUCAGCCUGGUAGCAGCAUACUUUUCCCUCCUGUGGUACAUGUAGUGCCCUCAUCCCGCUUGGAGAGUGGCAGUACCUCCAGCUUUAGCUGCUAUCAUGGUCAUCGUUCAGUGUGCAGUGGAUAUUUGGCUGACUGCCCUGGGAGUGACAGCAGCAGCAGCAGUUCUGGUCAGUGCCACUGCUCCUCUAGUGAUUCCAUGGUUGACUGCACAGAGGUCAGCAACCAAGGGGUUUAUGGGAGCUGCUCCACCUUCCGCAGCUCUUUGAGCAGUGACUAUGACCCGUAUGUUUACCGCAGUAAGAGCCCUUGCCGAGUGGGUGAGGUUGGUGGUGCAAACAGAGGUGCAAUUGUUCUCUUGGAGGGCCCCCACCAGGACGAGCUUCCAUCUUAUGGUCACAGUCUGGUGGGUGCUGACUGCCGGCCUGUGCCAGCUUCUUCCUCAGGGGACCAACUGUCUAAUUGCAGCAUGGAUAUGAACUAUAGCAGUAAUUCCUCACUGGAGCACAGGGAUCCAAAUGGCACUACCUCAGAGGGAGGACAUGAGGCCACUCCUGGUGCUGCCUUGGAUGUCAAAAGGAACUGGAAGAAUCCAGAGAUAGCAGGGCCGCUUAUGGAGCAAGCAUGUGCAUGCUGCUUUGAACUCCAGCACUCUGCCCUGGAGCCUACCAGUGGGACAGCUGACUGUAGUGCACUCUUCCUUAGCUCUCCGCUGUGGGGGACGCGUGGCCCAGGAAUAGAACCACAGUCAGGGAACACCCCGGGCUUAUACAGUAUUAACUCAGACCACUUGCAUAGGACAGAUGGGAUAAAAUAUGAGGGGUUGCCCUGUUGCUUCUAUGAAGAGAAGCAGGUAGCCUGUAGUAGCAACAGUGGCAGUAGGGGGGGGGGUGGUGGCUGCUAUACAGAAGACUAUGCAGUGAAUGUGCAGUACACGCUUCCUGAUGACACCUUGCCAAGCUGCUGUAAGGGUGUAUGUGACCUGGGUCAACGCAUUCCCAUAAUUCCCGAAGACAGAGACUGUGAGCUGAUCCUACCUAAAGAGUGCCAAGGAAUGCACAUGGGAGGCUGUAGUUCCUGGGAUGGAACACCUGAGCUAGAUACUUAUCUGCACUGCCAAGGUAUAGGAGAGGUACAGGACAAGAGGGAAUUGUGCUACGAGGCAACAUCAUUCCUGCGGCAGAACUACUCUCGGGAGGAGGAAGCCAGAAUGCUCUUUCCCAGUCCCACUCUGAACUCCCAGAAGCUGAUGACGACCACAAAGGCCACAGGUGCUGGAUCUCAUCCCUUGGAGAGAAGCCAAAUUGGUGACUAG